CACCUCCAGAGAGGAGCGGGAAGCUAUUGCCUUUCGAGUAGUCCAGCUGCACCAUUUUUGUUGUUAUACAACACUUUUUACUCUCUGCUAUUUAACAGAUUCAGAAAUAUGUUCACACCUGGACGGGAAUCGAAAGAGAAACCCACCGAGCCAACACUUCAGAGAAGAGCAUCAGGAUGAGCGUCACACCUCCACUGUUCCUCCUGCUCCUGAGCUGCGGCGUCCGGGCCGUCCCCUCCCCGUUCCAGCUGGCCCCGGACACGCCGGCACCGGCGGAGCCCACGCCGACCCAGGCCGCACGCGGGCUGCACCCCUGCGAGGGGCGACCCUGCCUCAACGGGGGGCUGUGCCUGGCUCUUCCGUCCCCGGGCAGACCAGAUGACACCUGGGAGUACACCUGCACGUGCAGUCAGGGCUUCACCGGACACAACUGCGAGUUUUUCAGAGACCCAUGUUCCAGCAGUCCCUGUCUCCAUGGAAACUGCAGCCUGCACAAUGGAGAGGAGGAGGGGGAGCCGACUUACACCUGUGAAUGCAGUGACGGCUUUGAGGGCCCUAAGUGCGAUCAGAUGCUACUGGACCUGGCUGACUGGGAGCCCGUAACACCGUCUGCCCCUGAACUGGCCACCCCCGUCGCUUCCACAACACCCGCCGCCACUCAGCCACCACAGCCAUCCACCGAGCCCACCAGCACAACACCGGUGCCUCAGACCCUGCAGCCGUGGCAACCCAAAACUGGGCAGCGGCUUCUGUUGGUGCCAUGGGAGGCAGACAGGGUGACAGAGGGCCUGCACUGUGUGAGCCCAGAGCUGUGUGAGCUGACAGCAACUCUGACUUUAUCUCUGGAGGUGCCAGAGGAAACGGCUGUAAAGUUGUUGGUGAACGCCACUGGAGCUCCUGUGCUGUGGCGUGUGAAUGAAGAAGGUUUCCUGCGAUCCUCCGUUUCAAAUGGCUCCAAAAUGUGGUUCCUGCAGGCCUCCAAUGGGCUGGUGGUGACUGACCAUGCGUUACCUCUGGGACAAAACUACUUCAUCAGUGUGAUACAGGUGGAUACUCCCAUGGACCCGGAGGUCACCCUGCGUCUCAACCUGACAGUGAAAGCCAGCAGCUGUGUGGAACCCGGCAGCAGCUUCAGCGACCCUCAGUGCUCCGGCAAAGGCAAAUGUGUCACGCAGCCCUCUGAGAGCACCUUCUUCUGUGAGUGCGAUGACGGCUACACCGGAAUCUUCUGUGAGGAAUUUGACGCCUGCCACCGCCGCCCCUGUCGUAACAACGGCACAUGCACUGAUGUCAGGCAGGGCGGGGAAGGACGUAAUUUCACUUGCACCUGUCAACCAGGUUAUGAAGGGGACCGCUGCCAGUUGCUGGUGAACCACUGCCUCUCCCAGCCCUGCGAGAAUGGAGCCACCUGCUCCAGCAGUUUGGCUGGGCCCAGGUGCUACUGUCCAGAAGGAUUUCAGGGGGCGACAUGUGAGCAGAAGGUGGAUCCGUGCGCGUCUCGGCCUUGCCACAACAACGGAACCUGCCACCCUCAGGGUCCGAGCCCCCUGGGGUUUGGCUGCAGCUGCACAUCUGGUUUCACUGGCCCCACCUGUGCCCAGCUGGUCGACUUCUGUGCUUUGAACCCGUGUGCCCACGGAGUGUGUCGCAGUGUGGGCAACAGCUACAGAUGCCUUUGUGUCCCAGGCUACCACGGUUUGUACUGUGAAGAAGAGUACAAUGAGUGUCUGUCUGCACCCUGCCAAAAUUAUGCCACCUGCCGGGACCUCAUCAAUGCCUACGAAUGUGUUUGCACGCCACAGUUCGAAGGUAAACAUUGUGAAAUUUACAAGGACCCAUGUCUGAAAAUGAAGUGCCUCAAUGGAGGUCACUGCGAGAGUGCCGGACUCAAUGCUUCCUGUGCCUGCCCACCUGGAUACACGGGGGGGCGAUGUGAGGUCGACAUCAACGAGUGUGAGAGCAACCCUUGUCACCAUGGAGGCACUUGUGUUGACCAAUCACAUGGCUUCACCUGUCACUGUCUGCCCGGGUGGGUGGGGCCUAACUGUGAGAUCCACCUGCAAUGGAAGCCACAGCACUCGGAGGAAACUCUGACUAACAUGCCCCGCCACUCCCUUUACAUCAUCAUCGGAGCGUUGUGCGUGGCCUUCGUCCUCAUGCUCAUCAUCCUCAUCGUGGGCAUCUGUCGCAUCAGCCGCAUCGAGUACCAGGGCUCGUCACGCCACGCCUACCAGGAGUUCUACAACUGCCGCAGCAUCGACAGCGAGUUCAGCAACGCCAUCGCUUCCAUCCGCCACGCCAGAUUUGGCAAGAAGUCCCGGCCUGCCAUGUACGACGCCACUCCCAUCAACUACGAAGACUACAGUCCGGAUGACAAACCUUUGGUUACUCUGAUAAAAACGAAGGAUUUGUAAAACACAGCAACUUGCCACGUGUUGCACACAUACACACAAGCGUGCAUUGGAAAGUCAGUCUGAAUGUAGAAUUAGAGAAUACGAACGCAAAGAUCCCAAAAUCCAAUACAGGUGGUCCUCGUUUCACAUCGUUGGUUAAAAAACAUGCUCCCAUGUAUUCAUUAAAAAAGUGUUUUGCGUCCGUAAGUACAAGACUGGUUUGUCUACACUGAAGAAGGAAAACAUUGCUUAUUAGUUAACUUUUUGUGCUUUGUUCUGUCUCGUAGGUUAUGUCUCUGACGGCAGUGCGCCAAAGAAAAGGAAAGUGUAAAAAAAUGAAAGACAUAUAAAGGUCAGAGAGGGGAAUUGUGCUCGACUGUCGCGAUCAUCAUUAAGGAUGACAUUUUUAAGCAUGUUAAAUGACACCUAAGCAGCUUCACAUUGGGAUUUAGACUAAAAGAUUGUUUGGAAUCUUGAAAAGUAAUAAAGUAAGGGAUGUUUUUUGUGGUUUUAGGCUAAUUAGGAAAACUAAAGGUUCAAGGUGGGUAUGACAAAGCAGUUGGUUUGAUUGAUUGAUUGAGACUUUUAUUAGUAGAUUGCACAGUACAGUACAUAUUCCGUACAAUUGACCACUAAAUGGUAACACCUGAAUAAGUUAUUCAACUUGUUUAAGUCGGGGUCCACGUUAAUCAAUUCAUGGUAAUACUGUAUACUAUUUCAUCCUUUUUGUACUCUUUCAGUUUCGUAAAUUAACCAAAACGUCACUGAGGACUUAUUGAGUCUGUUUAGCUGAUCGGAGAGCUAGUGGGUGCAUGACGAUGACUUCUGUUUUGUUUGAUCAGCCGUUUUACUGCCAUGUUGCAGGCCCCACGUUAAUCAAUUCAUGGUAAUUGCUGGUAAUGGUUCGGAUUAUUGAAAGCGUAAAAAUGUACAUAAGGAAUUGUUCGCUUUAGUUUGUAGGCGUGUCUUCGAACAGUCGAUUAUUUGACAAUUCCAUUUGGAGAAGGCGACUGUCAACCUCACAGUCAAAUCGUCGAACGUUGAACCGGACCAGUCGGCUCAGUCAACAAAUGUCUCCCACUGCCCCCCUCGGGCAACAGUGCGGAAACUUUUACCUCUUUUAGAUACAGUGGAACCUCGAUUUACAGAUGUAAUUGAUUCUUGAACAGGGUUCGUAAAUAAAGUGUGCAUAUUGAAGCACAUUUCUCCAUCGGAAACAACAUGAAAAGUGGGUUCAGCCUCAACAAAAGUUCUUAUUUUAGUAAAAAUAUUGUACACUGUAGACAAUAUAAAGUAAUUCACAGUACUGUUCUCAAACAAACAUAACAUGGAGGUGAUGAAUCAACUACCAAUGUGAUGACACAGUCAAAACAACAACUAGCUGAAAUGUUGCCGUGCCAAAAUCCCACACACACACUGUCACUACCUUUGUGGUGCACUCUACCAGCCACGUUGCUAUAAUGAUUAGGACUAAAUAUAACACUCAACUUUAUCUUCCUUGCGUGCAGAAGAAGGGAGAGGGACGCAAUGUUGACAACGCUGUGAAUACUUUCUGAACGUUUCAACCCAUGCGUCAUUUGUCCAUUGCUUUCUUUGGACUCAUAUUAAGUUAGAAAAAAAAAACUGAGAAAUGUUGUAAAAAGGCUAAAGAUAAAACAGCUUGUGCUGACUGAAUGAACAAUGGAUGUGCUGCCGGGCACAACAUGGCUGCCCUGCGAGACACGCAAUGGGGGGAGGAAACAUUCGUAGACUGAGACAAGGUCCGUAUACCAAAGCGUAUUUUUAUCCAGUCUGUGGUUCGUGAACCGAAAAGUUUGUACAAAAAGUGUUUCUUAAAUCGAGGUUCCGCCGUAGUCAAGUUUGGUUGUCUUAAUGCGCGGUUCCAGAGAUCAGGACCUAGCUGAACUUUCCGAUCUCUACAUUGUUUAUCAGAUUGUUUUAGCCUUUUUUGAGUUGCAAAAAGUCGCAAAGGAGAUCUACUUGGGGCGGUAUAGCUCAGUUGGUAGGGUGGCCGUCCCGGCAACUUGAGGGUUCCAGGUUCGAUCCCCGCUUCUGCCAACCUAGUCACUGCCGUUGUGUCCUUGGGCAAGACGCUUUACCCACCUGCUCCCAGUGCCACCCGCACUGGUUUAAAUGUAACUUAGAUUUUGGGUUUCACUAUGUAAAGCGCUUUGAGUCACUACAGAAAAACGCUAUAUAAAUAUAAUUCACGUCACUUCACUACUUAUGUGGAUCCUCGUUAGCUGGGCCCCUGCUGGCAUACAAAAACAUUUUGCUCAUAGUCAGCGAAAUCUACCAAAUCUGACUCGACCAUGAAAAUCCUCAUCAAAGACCGUCCUACUCUUAUUCUUUUACAUUAAUACCAGGGGUCUCAGACACGCGGCCCGCGGACGUUAUUUUGGGGGCCCCCACCUUAAUAGAAAAGUUUAAUGUUAGUGCGGCCCGCGAGUUUUAUAUGAAUGGCGCCUGAUAGCGUUGUGUGCGAGCUAUAGGAAUCUACCACUCACAGUGUGGUAUGUGGCUCUCGAUGGCCGACCAUUGACGUCACUUGCGUGAUGCAAGCAGAUAAACUUUUUGCCGCUUUUCCACUAAACCCCCACGCACUCUUCCUGCCUCCCUCGCUCCCUCUCUCUCUCCAGCUCUCUCUGUCACUAUGUGUGUGUCUCUCUCUCGCUCCCUCCCACUGUAAACAGUCCGGGCCGGGGAGACGAGCGGACCGGUAGCUUCCGAAGCACUCCGCCAAAGGACCGAGCGACAAUACAAAACUAUGGUGCACUGGAACCCAGCGCGGAUACUCCGACAGACAGUCGCUGGAUUACCACGCUAGUGGUAAUGUUAGCCCAUUCGGGGCUAAUUGUGCUACCGUAACUGUAAACUCCACGGCGAGCCCUCCCCCCCUACCUUCGGCUCCAGACAGCGACAAUUUUUGUUAUUUGGGUCCAAAAUGGCUCUUUCGACGUUCUGGGUUGCCUACCCCUGCGUUAGUGGAAAAGCGGCAAAUGAGUGAAAGCGACAGAAAUGUUCCCAUGGAGACGAGGGUUUUCUUACGUGCCAGUCACACCGCGACACCUGUCCGUCAGUAAUAACAUUCCUCAUAACCUUGGACCAAUUCAAACCGUUAUUUGUUUUUUUAUUGUUAAUUUGCAUUGCCUCACACGAUGAACACUACUUAUAUUUAUAUAUGACGCCGGAUAUUACUUUUUUGCGCUCGCUAUCCUGGUACUUUCCCGGCUAUUAUCCGCCGACCGCCGUGUUGCUGUAGGGAGGAAAAGCGGAACGACACACAUUGCGGAAAAAACAUUAUUCUUUGUGCGUCGGCCAAAUACAAAUAUAUUCCACAACCCUAAACAUGUCUUUUUCAAAGGCUGCAAUGAAGAGAAAGGUCAGUGAUGAGCAAAGACAAUUCCAGGAAAAGUGGGAGAUGCAAUAUUUCUUUUUUUGAGCACUCCGGCACCCUGACGUGUCUUACUUACACAGAGAAAGUUGCGGUGCACAAGGAAUACAAUUUGAAACGUCAUCAUACAACUAGACAUGCUGAGGAGUGUGCUAAAUACCAGGGAGAUGAGAGAGUGAAUCAGGUUGCAAAUUUUAAAAAACAGUCUACUGAGGCAACAAGAUUUCUUCAAGAAAGCAACCGAAAAGAACGAUGCAGCAGUCAAAGCUAGCUACAUGGUGAGUGAGAUGGUCGCUAGGGCGGGAAAGCCAUUCAAAAAAGGUGAAUUCAUUAAGAAGUGCAUAUUUCCUUGAAUUCCCGCCAGGGCACUAAUUAAUUUAAAACCUCUUCUCCGACGCUUACCAAAGGCAUGCGGUAAAGGCAAGCAUGCGCUAAUUAUUUUAAAACCUCUUCUCACUCCGGCACUUACCAAAGGCAUGCGGUAAAUUUAGGCCUGCGCUUAAAAAUUUGAGUGUGAUGUAAGGAUACCAUCAUGAAAAGCACAUUUAAUAAAAAAAAUUGUUAUUAUGGUCCUACCUUUACUUAUAAAUGAUGUACAUGCGCAGCUCCUUCUGAUCAAAAGCAUCGAUGACUUGUUUAUAGAAGUCUUCUUUAUCUUUCUUCAGUUUGAAAAGUCUCUCUGUCUCGAUGGAGAUCUUCCUUUAUUACCUCCUGCUUCGAUUGAAAGUCCAGUUUAGAAAACUGUUUUAUUUUAGAUAUGUAAUCCUUCAUGUUAAAAGUGCAAGCGAGAGGAAAAAAUAAACACUGCUCACUCUUGCUGGUACAGUAUUUGGUCGGUAGGUGUGUAGCCGUAGCGCGCUCUCGUUUGGGUUGCUCCCAACAAGCAGACUGCCGCUAUCAGUUAGCUCGGCUCCUCACAUGUAGUGCAGGCGACAACAGCUGUAUUCUCGGACAACUCCCCCUCUCGUUCUGCUCCGUGCGUGAUCUCUUUAUCUCACCGCUGCCACCAUGAAGUGUUAUUGUAUAAAUAAUACACUGGGUAUUUAUGACUGGAACAUGUUUUAUUUCAGCCCGGUUGUUUACAUAGCUAACAUAAGAGUAGUGGUCUUUCAUCUUAAAAGGUCCGUUGUGCACCCCCCGCGUCAUAUCCGUUCCCAGCACAUAUCACUGCACUUGUUGUCACUUCUUCUGCAGCCGAGUAGUCGCAAGAAGGAUCACUAGCGCCCUCUACCACCUGGAGGCGGGAGUCAUUUAAUGACUCAUAUUUGACACACGCAGCUACGGUAUAUUAAUAAAACAUAGCUGCUUACUGUUCUUUUUAGCAUAUUCAAUAGCUUGGACCUUAAAUCCUACUGAAUAGCUCUUAUUCUUCUUCCCUUCAUGCGAUUUCAAAUUAUUGAAAUCAGCCUCCUCCAUUUUGAAAAUGAUGACAGGUGAAGGGUCACUCGUGACGUGACGAGUUUGACCCGGCGGAAAUUCUAGGCAUAUGCUAAUUAUUUUGCGAAACGAGUUUGACCCGGCGGAAAUUCUAGACAUGCGCUAAUAAAAAUAAUAUUUUGCGAAACGAGUUUGACCCGGCGUUAAUCCUGAGCCGGCGGUAAUGCUUAGCAUGUGCUAAUUAUUUUGGGAGACGAGUUUGACCCGGCAGUAAGUGAAGGCAGGCGUAUACUAUAUACCCGGCGGCAAUUCAAGGAAAUACGGUAUUUUUUUUAAAAGAAAUAUUUUCUUGUGCCGCAGCCUCACCCAGUUUCUGUAUCCAGUGGCCCCCAGGGAAAUUGAGUUUGAGACCCCUGAUUUAUACCUUAAACGUAGAGUUUUAUUGUAUUUUGUAUCCCUCCCUACUAGUCUCUGUACAGUGUGACUGACCAAAGUCAAUAUUUCGGAAAAAGUUCCGACUUACACUAAAACUUGCGUCGUUCAAAAAAGCCGAGGACCACCUGUAUGUCUGUAGGUUCAACGAACAAACACGGAGGAUCUAUUUUCCUGUCGACGUUCACGCUUUUAAAGCUUUAUUGUAGCAUAAGAGCAGCAAGUUACGGACGAAGUACCAUCAGUACCAGUAAUCUGCGGGCACGGUUAGAGUGACGAUUAGUCUGCACCCAACUGUCUGUCUUCAGUCGGGGCCUGCAACUCAGGAGCCCGAUUUGUUAAAAAAAACUAAACAAUCAGACACAGCUGACAAGUCAGCACAGUUGAUGUAGAAAUAGUUGUCACUGCGUACGCUGUAUAUUUUUCUAUUUUAACUCGAUCCUGCAGUAGGUUGCCUUACUUCAUGCAUGGUUAGAUUUGAUGUUCUCGCUGUAAUAUUUGGAGAUCCUUUUCUUGGUGGCUAUUUUCCCCCUGCAGAUGUAUUAUUACUCCGUCCAGAUUGUGCCAAAUAAUUAUGUUGUGGUAAGUACAGUAGAACACACGCGGAAUCUUGUUUUCUGCCUUUUUAGUAAAUACUUACUGUCUUUGUUCUUUAAAUGCAAGUUUCUCAUUGAUGUAUGAGUGUUAUAGAAUGUACUAUAUUGCCACUUUAUGUGCUUAAGUGAAACUUAGGCUAGAACGGGGGUGUCCAAAGUGCGGCCUGUAGCUAUUUAGAAAAAAAAACACAUUCAAAAGUGGAAUUUAAGCGCAAACAGGUGUAAUGCAACAAGAACGUGUUGCAAUAUUGACACUAAUAACUAGGGGCUGUCAAACGGUUUAAAUAUUUAAUCGCGAUUAAAAAAAAUUGUAUGAAUCAAAAGCAAUAUUAUGAUUUAUUUACCCACAGUGGGUCUGGGUUAGUUAUUGCCUCAUCUUUCACUUACACCUUGAGUAAAGAAUGCGUGAAGAAAGCACUACCAUCCUGUUAAGGGAAAGAGAUGAUACAGUAUUACCUGCUCACAGAUGCUACCUGGUGGUUGUUUGAGGACACUGCAGCAAGUCAUGGAUGAAUUAACCAACCCCCACUCCUUAAUGCUUCAGUCACACGCAGGAUUCUCACAGGAUUGAGGCUUAAACUAACACAGGCCCACUGUAUUUAAGGCUCAUGUACUUCACAUUAAAUAUGCAAUUUUGGAAAAUGUUUCGGGAAAAACAUUGCAUAUUUAUUUUUUUCAUUUUUGGAAAAAAAGGGCAUAAAACAAACUGAUGGAUCUGAAAUUGCUCUAUGCAUAUUCAAGUGUUGAAAGUAAAAAAAGAAAUCAUAUGGCCCCAUUUGUCAAGGUUUACCUGACACAUGAAAAGUGCCAAAUUAGGGGGGUUCACUAUCAACAUUAGCCGCCAUAUUAAAAUGUGUAGUUAGUCCUGGAUAAAUUAACCAACCUCCACUCCUUAAUGCUUCAGUCACGCAGCAUUCUCACAGGAAUGAGGCAUAAACUACCACAGGCCCACUGUAUUUAAGACUCAUGUACUUCACAUUAAAUAUGCAAUUUUGGAAAAUGUUCCAGGGAAAACAUUGCCUAUUUAUUUAUUUAUUUUUAAAAGAGCAUAAAACAAACAAAAAUAAAAACUGGUAGAUCUGAAAUUGCUCCAUGUAUAUUUAAGUGUUGAAAGUAAAAAAAAAAAGAAAGAAAAAAAAGAUGGCCCCAUUUAUCAUGGUUUACCUGACACAUGAAAAGUGACAAAUUAGGGGGGUUCACUAUCAAUAUUAGCCGCCAUAUUAAAAUGUGCAGUUAGUCCUGGAUAAAUUGACCAACCCUUCACUCCUUAAUGCUUCAGUCACACGCAUGAUUCUCACAGGAAUGAGACAUAAGCUAACACAGCCCCACUGUAUUUAAGGCUCAUGUACUUCACAUUAAAUAUCCAAUUUUGGAAAAUGUUUUGCGGAAAACAUUGCGUAUUUAUUUAUUUAUAUAUAUAUAUAUGUGUAUAUAUAAUUUAUUUAUUUUUUUCGUUUUUUUUUUUUUCUUUAAAAAGGGCAUGAAAAAAACAGGAAAACAUAUUUAUUUGUACUUUUUUUAAAAAAGGGCAUCAAACAAACUGAUUGAUCUGAUAAUUGCUCUAUGUGUAUUUAGGUGUUGAAAGUAAAAAAAAAAAAAAAUUAUUAAUAUGGCCACAUUUGUCACGGUUUACCUGACACAUUAAAUGUGACAAAUUAGGGGGGUUCACUAUCAACAUUAGCCGCCAGAUUAAAAUGUGUUUUGUGGCAAUUCUGACUUUGACCACAGCAACAUUUGCUAUGUAGAGUAGUGCUUUCCAUCAUUUUCAUUUUCAAUGUAUGGUGGUGCUUUCCAUCAUUUUCAGCAGACUGCAAAAUGAUGAACCCAACUCUCUACCUCUCACCCGAGAUCCACCCAGGAAUGGGGCCAUAUGAAUCCCUUCCCUGAUUGGUUGAGACUUUUAUUAGUAGAUGGCACAGUACAGUACAUAUUCCGUAUAAUUAACCACGAAAUGGUAACACCCGAAUAAGUUUUUCAACUUGUUUAAGUCGGGGUCCACGUUAAUCAAUUCAUGGUAUUGGUCCCUUUAACAUUUUAUUGAUUUAACGUUGACCAACAUUUCAAUUUUCGGUGAGCGGCCCUCAGUGGAAACAUUUUGGACACCCCCAGGCUAAAGACUAGGUGUGAUUAUAAUCAGGGGCGCCAUAAAGCCUGGCUGACAGAGGCUCCCAAAACAGGUUUGUGGUGGGUAUUUUUUUUUUUUUUUUAACGGUGCCUAGAGUGUGCCCCUGAUUAUAAUAAAGGUAGUUUUAUUCGGUGUUUCCGUUCUACACUAACUCACUUGGAGUAUCGUUACAGAAUAGUUCCUGUGCUGGAAUGACCAAUAAAGACUGAUAAGUACGUAACAUCUGUGUUAAAUAACGUCAAGAUUAAAGUGAAACAUUGUCGGUGGAAA